CCCCCCUCCCCCAGCAACCGGCCUGGCUGCGCGGCCCUAAACUCAGGAGGCGGAGCUGAGACGGGGUCGGGACUGCUUGCUAACUCCAGGACCAGAGCACGGGCUUUGGAAAAGAUCUGACAAGUCCUCUACCACUUGCCUGUGGGGAAUUUGGGGCACUUAACCUCUUUGAGCUUUAAGUUCCUGAUCUGUAAAACGAGGAUGAUAGUACUUAUUGUGAGCUGAUCUCUGUGAAGCAUUUGGCACAGAUCCUUGCACAUAGUUUAAAUUUUUGAAAUUGAAGUAGGUCUACACAUUAGGAACUCAUGUCUUUUCUUGUAAGUAAACCAGAGCGAAUUAGGCGGUGGGUCUCGGAAAAGUUCAUUGUUGAGGGCUUAAGAGAUUUGGAACUAUUUGGAGAGCAGCCUCCGGGUGACACUCGGAGAAAAACCAAUGAGGCGAGCUCAGAGUCGAUAGCAUCCCUGUCUAAACAGGAGAUCAUGAGUAGCUUCCUGCCGGAAGGAGGGCGCUAUGAGCUACUCUCUGUCAUAGGCAAAGGAUUUGAGGACCUGAUGACAGUGAAUCUAGCAAGGUACAAACCGACAGGAGAGUACGUGACGGUACGAAGGAUUAACCUGGAAGCUUGUUCCAAUGAGAUGGUGACGUUCUUGCAGGGGGAGCUUCAUGUCUCUAAACUCUUCAGCCAUCCCAAUAUCCUGCCAUAUCGAGCCACCUUUAUUGCAGACAAUGAGCUGUGGGUUGUCACAUCAUUCAUGGCGUAUGGUUCUGCAAAGGAUCUCAUCUGCACACACUUCAUGGAUGGCAUGAAUGAACUGGCGAUUGCUUACAUCCUGCAGGGGGUGCUCAAGGCCCUGGACUACAUCCACCACAUGGGAUACGUACACAGGAGCGUCAAAGCCAGCCACAUUCUGAUUUCCUCGGAGGGAAAGGUCUACCUGUCUGGUUUACGCAGCAACCUCAGCAUGAUCAGCCAUGGGCAGCGGCAGCGUGUGGUCCACGACUUUCCCAAGUACAGUGUCAAGGUUCUGCCUUGGCUCAGCCCAGAGGUCCUCCAGCAGAAUCUGCAGGGUUACGAUGCCAAGUCUGACAUCUACAGUGUGGGAAUCACAGCCUGUGAGCUGGCCAAUGGCCAUGUCCCCUUUAAGGAUAUGCCUGCCACCCAGAUGCUGCUGGAGAAGCUGAAUGGCACCGUGCCCUGCCUGCUGGACACCAGCACCAUCCCUGCCGAGGAGCUGACCAUGAGCACCUCACGCUCAGCAGCCAACUCUGGCCUGAGUGACAGCCUGGCCACCAGCACCCCCAGGACCUCCAAUGGCGACUCGCCCUCCCACCCCUAUCACCGCACCUUUUCCCCCCACUUCCAUCACUUUGUGGAGCAGUGCCUUCAGCGUAGUCCAGACGUAAGACCAAGUGCCAGUACCCUCCUGAACCACUCUUUCUUCAAGCAGAUCAAGCGGCGCGCCUCAGAGGCCUUGCCUGAGUUACUUCGCCCUGUCACCCCCAUCACCAGUUUUGAGGGCAGUCAGCCUCAGGAUCACAGCGGGAUCUUUGGCCUGGUAACAAACCUGGAAGAGCUGGAGGUGGACGACUGGGAGUUCUGAGCCUCCGAAGAAGGUGCACGUUCUCAGU